GGAAGAUGCUUCUCUUUAUAUUGCUGCUUUACAUUAUUAUUUAUGCUGAGGGAAAAUGUGCAAAGAAUUAUUAUUACGAUGGACUUCUUGAGGAAUGUCAGCAUUGCUCCAUUCGAUGCAACUCCCCACCAGAUAUUUGCAAAACGUUUUGUACCUCAAUCCCAGAAAACGAAGUUGAAAAGAAUCAAAAUAUUCGUUUAAUUUUGAUCGUGUUUUUUGUGUUCCUGGGAGCUUUCACAGCACUGACCAUUAUUCUGCGAGUUAUACGCAGAAAAACCUGUAAGCCCAUCAUGAAAAAAGUGAUAGGUCAAGAACAAAAGACGUCUGACAGCGAGAGAGGCUCAAAUGUCACAGAGCAAUCUGAAGACAUGGAUGAAACUACGACUGAUUUGUCAGAUCGACUGAACCAGGAUCACUACAACUCCAGCCUUCCUCUUCCGUCCACUGAGGAAGGCACCACAUUGCUGGUUACAACAAAGACAGUGCAAGCUUACCACUGUACACCUGUCAUAUGAACAGCAGCAGACCCAGAAAACACUGCACAUCGUCUGGUUAACAGUGAUAGCGAGCAUAAAACUGGAUAAAACUGUCAUGACUGAUGGAUGCACUAAUAAUGGACACAGGACUUGAACUUCAACACAAGAUGGUAUCUGACUGUCAGAAGUGAACAUUUCAGUGUUAUUUACAUGUAUUAUCUGCAAUAUUACAAACAUUAGAAACCAUACUUUGUCCAAAAGGCCACCCUUACUUUUUUUUUUUUUUAAAUUUAUGUUGUAUCUUUGUUAAAUUAAAAUGUGUUACUUCAAUUAUAAAAGUCUUAGCUACCUUUUGUAAAUAUACUUAAGCAAAA